AUGGCAAAGAUAACUUGGACAUGUGUCAUUGUAUUUGCGUCAAUAUUAAAGGCUGUGAGGGCUCAAGAUGCAACAAAAAUUUAUGACGGAUAUCUUUUCGAAAGAUUCGACACAGAAAAGUUAUUAAGUGACGCAGAAAGGGAAUGCACGGUCAGAGGAGCGUGGCUGUUUGAACCAAAUACCGACGAUCUGUUCAACGAAUUAAUAGACAACUUUAUACCGUCGUCGGGUUAUUAUUUCAUGGGUCUCAAGAAGGUUGGCGGUGAGUGGAUAUGGAGCGAUUAUAGUAAGCCGACAAAUACUCAUUGGUCAAAUUCCAAUGAACCAAACGAAAAUGGUCAAGAAUGUGCAUGUGUUUUGAACAAGAAAUGGGUUAGCGUGAUCUGUUCUACAACUCCAAGAAGAUAUGUUUGUCAAUCUCCUGAAAUCAAACUUCUCUACAAUGGAUAUCUGUUCGGAAGAUUCGACACCGAAUUACCAUCGAGUGACGCAGAAAAACAAUGCACGAUCAGAGGAGCAUGGUUGUUUGAACCCAAAACUGAUGAGCUGUUCAACGAAUUAACAGAUAAUUUUAUAUCAACGACAGAAUGUUAUCUUAUGGGUCUCAGGUAUUUAGCUAAUAACUGGAGAUGGAGUGAUUGGAGCCGUUACACUGAUUGGACAAAUAUUAAUCAUUGGGUAAAUGGUAUUGUACCUAGUGGUAGUACGGAAAAAUGUGCAUGUGUUCAGAACAAGAAAUGGGUCAGUGUGACAUGCUCUAUAGCAACAAGAUACGUCUGUCAGUCUCUUCAACCUCCAUCGUCAACAGUAAUAAUUUCCGGAAAUCUUCUUGAAAAAUUCGCCGAAGUAGUUGAGAAUUAUACAACUGCUAGCGAUAGAUGUGCAAUGAGAGGUUCUCAGUUAGUUGAGAUUAAGGAUGGAACUAUGGACGAUAAAAUAAGUCAAUGGAUUAGGUCUGAUAUGAGUUCUUAUCUGAUGGGAAUACAAUAUUCAACGUCAAAUAGUGCGUGGGAAUACAGCAGCGACAAGACAGGAAUCAUCUAUGAGAACUGGAAAGCAAGUGAAGGAGAUGAUCCCGACGAAGACUGUGCUUGUAUACUAAGUGACGGAUGGAUUGAUGUUGCUUGUACUGGUGGUACAUUUAAAUAUAUUUGUCAAUCAUAUCCAAAUGAGGCAAUUACUUACAACGGAGAUCUUCUUGAAAAAUUUGACAAUGCAAUUGCAAAUGCAGCUGCAAGAAGUAGAUGCUCGUUGUGGAAUGGGAAUCUUGUAGAUAUGAAAACUCCGGCAUAUAACAAUAAAGUGCAGCAGCUUAUUGGAACCAGCGACGAAUAUCAUAUCGGAUUAAAAUAUUUCGAUGGGGAAUAUCGAUGGACUGAUGGAUCGGUGGCAACAUACAACGACUGGUGGUCUGGUGAAGGUGGAAAAGAUAAUGGACAAGAUUGUGUUAAAAUUAAUCAGAACUAUUGGUACGACAUAUCAUGUGGAGCGUCAGAUGGAUAUAUUUGUCAAACCUCAAAAUGGUGCACAGGCAACUCUUGCAAAAAUGAAGGUAGCUGUGUGUCUAACAGAUGUGAGUGCACGGCUGGAUACUUCGGUGAUACUUGCGCAAGCGAGGAAUACUGUUCGAAUAAUGUAAAUCCGUGUCAAAAUGGAGGAAGCUGCGAGAAUAUGCCAGGAACUGAUCCGUACUAUAAAUGUAAAUGCGAGCCUGAAUAUUUCGACGACAUCUGUUCUACAGAAAAAUACUGUAUGAACAAUCCAAACCCCUGUCAAAACGGAGGAAGCUGUGUGGAUACACUAGAAGAGAAUCUAUAUUAUAGAUGUGACUGUAUGGCGGGUUAUUUCGACAAUACGUGCUCUAGCGAUAAAUACUGUCCCAACAAUGAAAAUCCAUGUGAAAAUGGAGGAAGCUGCGAGAAUAUGGUAGUUAUAUUUCCCUACUAUCGAUGUAAUUGCAAGCCUGGGUAUUUCAACGACACUUGUUCUAGCAAUGAAUAUUGUCCAAAUAAUCCGAAUCCGUGUCAAAACGGAGGAAGUUGUGAUAAUACACCAGGACAGGAUCCAUAUUACAGAUGUAAUUGCAUACAAGGUUACUUCGAUAACGCUUGCUCCAGUGAUGAAUACUGUUCCAACAAUGAAAAUCCGUGUCAAAAUGAUGGAAGCUGUGAGAAUAUUCCAGGAACCGAUCCUUACUUUCAAUGUAAUUGCAAGCCUGGAUAUUUUAACGUCACCUGUUCUAGCGAUGAAUACUGUUCAAACAAUCCAAAUCCUUGUCAAAACAGUGGGAGCUGUGAAAAUACACCAAAACAGGAUCCAUAUUUUAGAUGCAACUGCGAGUCGGGAUUUUACGACAAUAUAUGUUCUAGCGAUCAAUAUUGCCCCAAUAAUGGGAAUCCGUGUCAAAAUGGAGGAAGCUGUGUAAAUAUGCCAGAAACAGAUCCAUAUUAUAAAUGUACUUGCAUACCUGGAUAUUUCAACGAUACCUGUUCUAGCGAUGACUAUUGCGAGCACAAUGCUAAUCCGUGUCUAAAUGGAGGAAGGUGUAUAUCUACUCAUGGUGUUCAUCCUUAUUUUGAAUGCGACUGUGCGGAAGGAUAUUUUGGUGAUUUUUGCUCCGACGACCAAUUUGAAACACCAAAAAUUAUCAGUGCCUGUGGAGAGCCUUGCACAGACGAUGGGAAAAUUAAUGUCACUUGGAAGCCGCAUACUGCAAUUAAACACUUAUAUCAAAUAACACUCUUGAAUUCAUUCGAAGAAUGGCAUAAUUCUGGUGAAAUUGCUCCAAGUGAUAUUCAUGUGCAAAAUUUGAUCAUCGAAAAUUUGUAUCCAGAUUCACAAUACGAUAUUAAGAUAACUGCUUGCCCGACAAACUGUAUCGCAGAACUAAGCGAUAACGCAACCGCCACCACAGGAAUUGGUUUACCUGGAAAGAUACUCACAGCAACAGUUUCACAAAAUUACGAAACUAAUUAUUGUGAAGUUACUUGGACUUGGCCUGAAAUCAUAUCAGAGGAAGAUGUUGAAAUGUUCCAGAUGAAUUAUCAGGCAACAUUUGUACGAAAACCGCCCAGUUCUGACAUCACAACAAUACAUGGGGAAGUUUCAGUUAAUCCGCCCAAAUUAACAUAUAAUCUGAAGACGGAGCCAAACCGCAUUUACAACUUUGAUGUCUCAGCUGUUUCAUGUGCUGGAUCUGGUCCUAAAACAAUCGCAACAGGCGAAUGCAUUACUGAUAGUGAAGCUCCCGAUUAUAUUGAAGAGCCAAAUAUAAUUGAUGAAUCGCCAGGUUCAACUAGGGAUCUGGAAAUAAUUUUACCAAAUGAAGAUAACGGGCCUAUAAGUUGCGUAUUCGUCGUUGUCAAAAAUGGGCCCAUUGAUAACAAUGAUUUAUUCGAUAUUGUUAAACUACGAAAAGUGUCAUCGGAAGCAUUGACAGAUGAAACUCCCAAUGGGAAAGAAUAUUUGGCUGUCGCUAUGAAAAGAUCUGAAUUUUCUGAAACAUCAAUAACUGUGAAACUUGGCGACAAAAUUACUAGCGGCUGUGAUGUCACAGACAAUAGCGCAAAAAAUAGCAUUAAUCAUUACGACGCAAAGAACUGGCAGCUUCAAAUUGGGAAUAGCUACAGUACUUACGUUGUAACAACAAGUCCAAAUGAAGAAGAAGCGGUAUUGUUUCAACAAAGCUCUAUAGAAGAAUUUGCGAAUGGAAGUUCCAAUCCAGGAACCGAUAUGGCAUGGAUAGCUGGUGUUAUCGCUGGUAUAAUUGCUCUAGCUACUCUAGUGGUUGGUGCAAUUUUUUACACGAAGCGUCGACAUCAAUCUGAAAAUAGAGAAUCGUCGCUGACACGUUCAAAGAGUACCUCAAGGGAUCAUAACGAUCUUUAUGAAACUACGGGGUAUCAAACAGCAGGAAAUCCCCAUAUAUCAUCAGUAAAAGAUAAUGAUAUAGAUUAUGAUUAUAUGCACAUUGGUGUAAAUUUGAGCAUGAGAAAGAUAGCUUGGACAAGUAUCGUUGUAAUUGUGUCAAUAUUGAAAACUGUGAGGCCUCAAGAUGCAACAAAAUUUUAUGAUAGCUAUCUGUUCGAAAGAUUCGACACAGAAAAGUUAUCAAGUGACGCGGAAAAGCAAUGCACUGUUCGUGGAGCGUGGCUGUUUGAACCCAAAACCGAUGAUCUAUUCGACGAAUUAACAGAUAACAUUUUACCGGCUAAUGGUGGAUAUUAUCUGAUGGGUCUCAGGAAGCUUGACGGUUAUUGGAAAUGGAGCGAUUACAGUGAGCCGACAACUACUCAUUGGUUAAAUACCGUGGAACCAGGCGAGAAUGGUCAAGCUUGUGCAUGUGUUCGGAACAAAAAAUGGGUUAGCGUGAUCUGUUCUACAACUCCAAGAAGAUACGUUUGUCAAUCCCUUCAACCUCCAUCCUCAACAAUAAUACUUUAUGGAAAUCUUCUGGAAAGAUUCGCCGAAGAGGUUCAGAAUUAUGCAAUUGCUGAUGAUAGAUGUGCAAUGAGAGGUGCUCAGUUGGUUGAGAUAAAGGAUAAAACUAUGAACGAUAAAAUAAUUGAAUGGAUUGGGUGA